UAUGAUUACCUGUUGCGGCAUAGUUCUGAUUGGUUUUUAUAUGUAAACGUAACAAAUCCUAAUAGUUCGUUUGUGACUAUUUGUGACAGAUACGUCAAAUCGAAUUGCUUCCAGUAAAUAUUUAAUUCUUGUCGAAAGUAGUUUAUUAACACAAACAAGACAUGGAGAAAAACUUAGAAAAAACGCUGGAUGACGUAAAUAAUACUGAUGGCAUAAUUGGCUGCGUUUUGGCUGACCAUGCAGGAUUAUGUUUAGGAGUUAAAGGGAAUGCAUCUACAGAGAGCGCAGGAAUAAUUGCAGCUAUCGCGGAUCAAGUUGCAAAAUUGGAGCCCAAACAGUCUGCUCCAAUCAUAUGUCUUCAGAAUGAUAGCAGGAUAUGCCUUAUACAACGUCAAGGUCCUGUUGUAGGUGCAAUUUAUAAGGAUGUCUCUGUGUAAAAUAAUUUCUGUUACUCGAACUAAUAAUACUGGUUAUAUUUAAGCUAAGUCCAUUAUGUUUAGAACUAUCUUGUUAAAUAUAUAUAUAUGUAUAUACAUGUAUAUACAUAAACUCUGAAUAAAUAAUUUUUAUGUAACUUCGUUGAGAUAAAGGAGCUUACACUUGGUUGAUUUGAACUAUAACAGUAUAGAAAAUAUGUAAUUAUUAAAUUUUAUAAGGUUUACAUUAGUUCUGCACUGCAGCACCUUUGUAAAUAAUUUGUAUGUAAAUAUCAAUAA